AUCGCAAAGUUUUCCCCGCCUCCGCCACGCUCGUCUUCCGUUAUGUCUCCUCCUCAAACUGCUAGGUCUCUCCCCUCAAAAAUGAUAUACUUAAACAAAGGGCCCACAAUAUUUCAGCAUUCUUCUCGUCCUCACAAAGUUCUAGAAAACGCCUUUAUUAGAUCGGCUGGUAUUCGAAGGCGGGCCAAAUUGGAUUAUCUAACUGAGGAUGAAAAGCUUGCUAGAAGAAAAAUACUUAAUCGUGAGGCCGCACAGAAAGCUAGGGACAGGAAAAGGGAACUUAUGGAUGAUUUGGAGCAGUCUAUCUCGGAGAUGAAUACAGAAAAUCAGCUCUUGCGGUGCGCCAAUCGAGCAUUGCGGGAAAAGUUUAAAGCACAAGAAUCCAAAAUCGAUGAAUUGCAACGCAAAUUUAGCCACAUAAUUUCUGUCAUGAAGCAGCUUGGACAGCAGAGCAAGAUUAAUCAGAUUGAGCCUCUAGAGUCUGCAGCACUCCUCCCUCAGCCGAAGGGGGUGGUUCUUUGGUUGAUUCUUCUGCUUCUGAGCCUUCAUUUAGACAAGAAUCACCUGCUCUCGAUGAACGAGCUUUCGUUGAUUUCAGCGUUGACCCCCAGGCCACUUGCUGAUUCUGAAUCCAGCAGUGAGAUAGUGCUUAAUCAAGUUAAUUGUGAUAGACCAACCUUGUAUGAGAGGAUCUAUGAUUCCCUUCUUACUGAGGAUGCUACUACUUCUCCUCUUUCAUUUAGCCGAGACUCUGACGAUAAUUUGGAUGAUAUUCUCGAUUGUUUGUACAAAGAUGGUCUUUCGCCCGAUUGCCUAAUUUCUGAUUCUUGUUCUCCAGACUAUUCUGCCACCUCACUUUAA